AUGGACGGCCCAGAUCAGAUCGGUCCCGAUCAUACACCAAAGCGAUCGUUUUCUGACAAAGUUCGCUAUGCCGUCAAGACGUUCACAACUCGGUACGUGGGCAUGCUCCUUACCUGGAAAUUUGGAAAUUCAACUGACAAUACCAGUGAGGGCCUUCUAGGCGACUACGACUACGGCUACCUCUUCAUCCCCCGUCUCCCAUUCACCAAAAGGGCGCGCAAGACCGCACCCUUCUUCGGCCUCGAUGAUCGCGUCCCAGUGGUCCUUGCUCUGAUACUCGGCUUACAACAUGCCCUCGCUAUGCUUGCAGGCGUCAUAUCGCCACCUAUUCUACUAGGCGGGUCCGCUGGCGCCAACUUCGGCGAUGAACUGUAUCAAUAUCUCGUUUCGACUUCGUUAAUCGUUUCUGGACUUUUGAGCGCCAUUCAAAUGUUCCGGUUCCACGUUAAAGGAACCAAAUAUUAUAUCGGUACCGGUCUGCUUUCUGUUGUCGGAACUUCAUUCUCGACCAUCACCGUUGCACAAGGCGCUUUUACCCAAAUGUACAAAUCGGGCUAUUGCCCUACCCUCGAGGACGGCACGAAGCUGCCCUGCCCGAAAGGAUACGGUGCUUUACUUGGAACUUCGUGUCUUUGCUCUCUGCUGGAGAUCGGCAUGAGCUUCAUGAGCUCGCGCAUUCUGGCAAAAGUAUUCCCGCCGCUCGUCACAGGCCCUACCGUUUUAUUGAUCGGUGCUUCGCUCGUCAAGUCCGCCAUGCAAGAUUGGGCGGGUGGCUCGGGCUGUGGAUCUGACCCUUCUGCUAGAGCCAUGUGCCCCAGUGCCGAUGCGCCGCAUGCUUUGCCUUGGGGGAGUCCCGAGUUUAUUGGUCUUGGAUUUUUGGUCUUUGUUACCAUCAUCCUGUGUGAGCGAUGGGGUCCCCCGAUUCUGAAAAGUUGUUCUGUCAUCGUUGGUCUGCUUGUCGGCUCCAUUGUCGCCGCUGCAUGCAAUUACUUCGAGUCCUCCGGCAUUGCAGCUGCCCCUGUUGCGUCUUUUGCUUGGGUGCAUACUUUCCCGUUGUCUGUAUACCCGCCGCUGAUCCUUCCGCUUCUCGCCCUAUACAUCGUUAUCAUGAUGGAGUCUAUCGGUGACAUCACAGCUACCUGUGACGUUUCUCGUCUGCAGGUGGAAGGUGCGACCUUCGACUCUCGCAUCCAGGGUGGUGUUCUCGGCAAUGGACUGACGUGUCUAUUGGCUGGAUUGAUGACGAUCAGCCCGAUGUCUGUGUUUGCGCAGAACAACGGUGUCAUUGCCUUAACGAAGUGCGCAAACCGCACAGCUGGAUACUGUUGCUGUCUGUUUCUCGUUAUCAUGGGGGUUUUCUCCAAGUUCGCGGCUGCCCUCGUUGCAAUCCCAAGUCCUGUCUUAGGAGGUAUGACGGCGUUUUUGUUCAGCUCCGUGGCUGUGAGUGGUCUCCGUAUUAUUGGUGUUGUUGAGUUCACGCGCCGCAACCGCUUUAUUCUCACUGCCAGCUUCUCUAUUGGUAUGGGUGUCACCCUUGUUCCAGAGUGGUUUGCGUAUUUCUUUACCUACGAGGGUGACAACCAUGCGCUGGAAGGCUUGAUCAACGCGGUGAACCUGGUCAUGGAGAAUGGGUUUGCAAUUUGUGCACUGCUGGGCAUCUUCCUCAACUUGUUUAUUCCUGAUGAGCCAGAUGAUGUGCCUGAGUCUGCCGAGUGGGAAGAUGACCGGGUUCAAGUUCAAAUUGCGCCCCAACCGUCCGCAAAGAAGGAACCCAGCUCCAGUUGA